GAUGGCCCAGCGCAGGCUGCGCCCUUCUCCCGCCGCGGCCUAGCAGGCAGCCGAGCCUGACUCGAGGUUGACAGUGUCCACUUCCCCAAGGUCAAGACUUUGUCUCCUUAGAAGGCGCAAGUACUAUGCAUGUGAUGAACUGUGUGUCCCUGGUCAGCGAGAAGGAAAAUGGGCACGUGGCCUCGGCAGCUGGACCCAUGAUCGGGCAGGCGCCGUCCCCACCCCCGCCCCCCCCACCAUGUCCAUUUUCGGGGGCAGGGCUACCCCCCUCUCCUGCUCCUCCCCCCCCACCUCCGCUACCUGGGGGGCCACCCCUCCCACCACCCCCACCGCCGGGACCGCCCCCUGCUUCUCACAUGAACGGCUACAGCCACCAUGGCAAGAAGAAGCGCAUGAGAAGCUUCUUUUGGAAAACCAUUCCCGAGGAGCAAGUGCGCGGCAAAACCAACAUCUGGACCUUGGCGGCCAGGAAGCAGCACCACUUCCAGAUUGACACCCGGACCAUCGAGGAGCUCUUCGGGCAGCAGGAAGAGACCAGCAAGUCAACCCUUCCCAGGCGAGGCGGGUCUUUAAAUUCGUCCUUCAGGGAGGCCAGAGAGGAGAUUACCAUCUUGGAUGCAAAACGGAGCAUGAACAUUGGAAUAUUUCUUAAGCAAUUUAAGAAGUCUCCCCAGUCCAUCGUAGGAGAUAUUCAUCAAGGAAAGAGUGAGCAUUAUGGAUCAGAGAACUUGCGAGAAAUUCUUAAGCUUUUGCCAGAGUCAGAGGAGAUAAAGAAAUUAAAAUCUUUCACUGGAGAUGUUUCCAAGCUGUCCCUGGCAGACUCCUUUCUGCACCGCUUAAUUCAGGUGCCAAACUACUCACUUCGGAUUGAAGCCAUGGUGCUAAAGAAGGAAUUUUUACCUUCUUGUUCGGCUCUGUACACAGAUAUAACAAUCCUGAGAACUGCUACAAAGGAACUGAUAUCCUGUGAAGAGCUACAUUCCAUAUUACACUUGGUGCUACAGGCGGGGAAUAUCAUGAAUGCAGGAGGGUACGCUGGCAAUGCAGUAGGAUUUAAACUGUCUUCUUUGCUCAAAUUGGCAGACACAAAAGCAAACAAACCUGGGAUGAAUCUUCUGCACUUUGUGGCACAGGAAGCUCAAAAGAAAGAUGCCAUUCUUCUAAACUUUUCUGAAAAAUUAUAUCAUGUGCAGGAGGCUGCUAGGUUGUCUCUGGAUAGCACGGAGGCGGAGCUGCAUUCGCUCUUUGUCAGGACAAGGUCCCUGAAGGAGAACAUCCAGCAGGACAGUGAGCUGUGUCAGCAGAUGGAAGAUUUCCUGCAGUUUGCCACGGAGAAGCUGAUGGACUUGGAGCGCUGGAAACAGGAGCUGCGGGACGAGGCCCACACCCUGAUAGACUUUUUCUGUGAAGACAAAGAAACCAUGAAACUGGACGAAUGCCUUCAGAUAUUUAGGGACUUUUGUGUCAAGUUCAACAAAGCAGUUAAGGACAACCAUGACCGGGAGGUGCAGGAGCUGAGGCAGCAGCAGCGGCUAAAGGAGCUGGAGCAGAAGCGGCGGUCCUGGACGGCUGGGGAGCUGGGGGGAUUCGGCAGGAGCAGCAGUGAGAAUGACGUGGAGCUGCUGACCAAGAAGGGCACGGAGGACCUGCCCCCCUUCCUGCACACCAGGCCGGUCAGCCCUUCCUACCGACCCCCCAACACCCGCCGCUCCCGCCUCUCCCUGGGCGCCUCUGCUGACCGGGAGCUGCUGACCUUCCUGGAGAGCUCCACCGGCAGCUCCGAGGAGCUCAACACGUUCAACAGCUUGCCCUGCAGCAGCCCGCACCAGGCCCAGCCCGCGGCAGCCUGGACGGAGCCCGGAGGACAGAGGGACGCAGACGCCCACCAGGCACACAGACCUCAGGCCGCACAGGGCCAGGAGGAAGACUCCCACCCGCCCUCAGCCUGGAGGAGCCACCUCACGGCCCCCUGGCCUAGGGACCCUGCCUCUGCUGUGCCCCGGGCCGGGCGGGGCGGGGUCAGUGUCCUGCGAAAGAGGAACAGCGAACCCGUGGGCCUGGGCCCGGCCUUGUCCCCGCCACUCUCGCCGUUGGCUCUGGGAAUUAAGGAGCACGAGCUGGUCACCGGGCUGGCCCAGUUUGAGCUCCAGAGUCCCAAGCACUCCGAGGAGACAGCGCGGCUGGCCCUGAAUGACUGCCCGGUGGAGCCGGCGCCUUCUGAGGACGGGCGUUCGCCGUCCCCCGUGAUCAGCAACGGCAGCCUGAUGCCUGCGGACAGGGGCGCCCAGGGGGGUGUCAGCACAGCCCUGGAGGAGGACGGGGCAGCCCUGGCAUCCAUGGGCAGCAGUGACCCCGAGAACAAAGAACCGGGGCGUCUGUUUUACAUCUCCGACACCACCGACUGCUCGCUGACCUUGGACUGCUCAGAGGGCGCGGACGGCAGGCCCGAAGGGGAGCAGCCCCGAGAGGGGGCCGAGGGGGACGGCUCUGUGUCUUCUGGGGCCGGGGAGCUGGGGGGCAGCCAGGUUUCCACCUCCAGCCCCACAGGGGCGGCCCCUGCCCCGGUGUCCGAGAAAAGCGGGCCGGGCCCCAAGGCUGCCCUUCCCAGGGACAGAGCCGCCAGAGGGAAGGAGGUGGCUGCGCCGAAGAGAAACUCCCCCAAAGAGGCGUCCCCUGGCGCCGCCAAGCCCGGGGGUGCCCGGCGCAGCCCGGUGGCCGCCGCGCCCCGGCCGGUGCGCACGCUGACCUCCUGGGAGAGCGAGAGCAUGCGCAAGGUGGUGCCCAUCUCCAGGGCCAGCCGGGGCUCGGGGGGCUGGAAGCGGCCCCCGCGGGAGCCCCCCGGCAGCACGGAGGCGCCCUGGCUGCGCCGCAGCUCCGUGAAGGGCACCGCGGACACGUCGCCCCGGCGCCCCGAGGAGCAGAGGCUGCCGCGCGCCAGCGGCUCGGUCAGCGCCCGGCCCGGGAAGGAGCCCGCGCCGCCGCCCCGGGGCGCCUGCAGGAAGCCCAGCGCCAAGCCGCUCAGGAACGUCCCCAGGCAGAAGCCCGAGGAGCCCAAGAUCUGCCGCUCCAGCUCGCCGGGCGCCGACAGCCCCGAAGAGGAGCCCCGGCCCCCGCCAGCCCCCGCCGGCCCCCGCGCCCCGCCGCCCGUCCCGAGCUUCGCCCGCAACACUGUGGCCUCCUCCUCGCGGGCCACGAAGGCCGAGCCCCCUCCCGUGGGCAGAGCCCUCACGAGGACCGUCUCCCAGCGGCAGCUGAGGGUGAAGGGUGUCCCCGAAGACUCUGCGAGCAGAGACAGCGCGGCCCUGCGGCGGGCCAGCAGCGCCCGGGCCCCCAAAAAGGCUCCAGCGGCUGCGGAUGCGCCCCGGGGCAACACGGAAGCCCCUUUGCUGAAGGGCCGAGGCGCUGGGGACAACAGGGCUUCGCUCAGGGCGAAAGACUCCAAUAGGACCACGCUGGGGAAAAUCCUCAACCCCUUGUGGAAGUGAUGGGGGGCUUGGGGGGCUUCCCGCUCACCCUUCCUGGGGCCGCAUGGGGAGAGUGGCUGCUGCUAAGGCCCACGCCCUACCCCCCACCUAAAGCUGGCAAGGCCUGUGUUCCUGAAGCGACAGCCAGGUGCCACCUGCGGCGCCCACUCCCACUGUGAACCCCCAAGCUCGGUGUACAGUGACUACUGUGAUGGGCUGGCACCUCCCCUGCACGCC